GAUCUAAGUUCCUUCGCAGCGUGGCCCCAAACGUGGCAAUGGGUGAAUGACGCCCAGUGGCUAUUUGGGCCGAUGUCGAGGCGUGGAGGUCUUCGAAAAGCUCAAUCGUUUGGGCGAAGGCACGUAUGGUACAGUCUAUCGUGCCAGAGACACGGAGACGGGUGACAUCGUGGCUUUGAAGAAGGUGCGAAUCCAUGCGGAGAAGGAAGGAUUUCCUCGCAUCUCGCUGAGGGAGAUCCGACUGCUGAAGCGCUUAAGGCAUCCCAACAUUGUAGAGCUCCAGGAAGUGGCUUGCGGCAGGCAGCCAGGCAGUGUCUUCUUGGUGUUUGAAUACUGCGAGCACGAUGUUGGUGCAUUGCUGGACCUGAUGGAGCGACCCUUCAGUCAGCCGGAGGUGAAAUGUUUGACGUUGCAACUCUUGAAAGCGGUGGAAUGUCUCCACAAGGCGUCGGUGAUCCAUCGAGACAUCAAGCUGUCAAACAUGCUCUUGAACAACAAGGGUGUUUUGAAGUUGGCGGAUUUCGGCCUGGCCCGCGAGUUUGUGGAUGGUCAGUCUCCUAUCACACAGAAUGUGGUUACCUUGUGGUACCGUGCGCCUGAACUUCUUCUUGGCGCCAAGCGCUACACGAUGGCGGUGGACAUGUGGUCGGUGGGCUGCAACUUUGGGGAACUGCUUUUGAAGCGCCCGCUCUUGCCGGGGAAAUGCGAGGAGCAUCAACUUCAACUGACAUGUGAGCUGCUGGGAACGCCAUCGCCUCGCAUUUGGCCUGGAGUUGAACGCUUCCCGCACUAUGCAGUCUUCAAACUGCCGGAGAAUGCCUUCAACAACUUGGGUCUGAAAUUCCCAGACCUCCCGGACAGUUGUUUGGAUCUCUUGAACCGACUCUUGACCUUCGAUCCCGAAAAGCGGGCCUCGGCCAGCAGCGGCCUGCAGCAUCAGUGGUUUGUGGAACCACCUGCGCCGCAGGAGCCACACUACAUGCCAACCUUCCGAGAGCACCGCAAUGAGACCGCGAACCCCCGUGGCCUGCCGGCGCCAAAGGCAGCGUCGACGGUCAAACGGCCGGUGGCGGCACGGUCGGCGGUCUUCCAAGCAGCGAAGAAGCUGAAGUCCUGCGUUUUCUGAAGCAAAAUGACGACCCGUCUUCAAUUCUGCGUCGAUCAUGACCAAGGUUCGC